CCGACCGCGGAGGUCGAGCGCGCCGCGUGCGCGGAGAUCGACAUGGCGAGCGACCGUCAAGCGUUCCUAUUCUUAUAUUGUGUGUGUGCCAGUCCGCGCCAGUCCGCGCCCUUGUCGUGCCAGCGACCCGUCGUUUUGUUAUAUCCCGACUCACGACGCAGCGGGACGGAUUUGCGACUGGACACGUCCGACACGCUCGCUCGCUCGCUCGCUCGCGAACAAACAACCGCGCGGCGAAACGCUCUCGUGAGCCAGCCGCUUUUGCGGCAGCCGGCACGCGCGACCGGAUGAGCCUCCUCGGCGAUGCGCCUUCAACAUCCAAGCGCGAAGCGACGGCGGCGGAGCGGCUGCACGCGAGUCUCAUGGCGUAUUUGCUCGGCACCGCUGACGAGAAGAGCCCGCUCUCUGUCCUCUCGGGUCACUCCGAUGUGCUUCGGCUCAUCUGGCACGUGGUCAACAACGCUUGGAAGCGUGAGCAGAUGAUGACUGCGCUGCAAGCCCAGGAAGAGAAAAAGCUCGUCGCCUUUGCGCAUGUGGACAACGUGACGUUCCCGGCGCCAAAAUCGAUCAAUGUGAACAUGAUGCCAUUCAUCCUCGGCGACAAGAAGAGUCUGCCCCCGGAGCUGCACGCCUACUGGCCCAUGAUCGCCAAGUGCACGUCGACGCUGCACAGGUCCGACGGGAAGGCGUCGCCCAAGGAUCGCGUCGGCUAUCUCACCGUGCACGAGAGCGUCGUGCACGAGGGUGCGUCGCAGCGGCGGCCCGGGCUGCACACAGAGGGCUUCAACCGCGACGUGUGCGACAGUGGCAAGGUGCACACGCUGCCGCGGUGGCACCCGUGGGGCUUUGGGCACGCCAUGCGCCACGGCCAGUUUGAGGGCGGCCUCUUCAUGGCGUCGAACGUGUCCGACAGCUGCCACAUCUACAACGCGAUUGUGCCGACGGAGCUGGUGGGUCGCGGCGGCGACGUCGAGCCGCUGCGGCCCUGCCUGAACGAGCGCUUCCCCAGCGCGCCCAAGCCGCGCACGUGCUGGCCGGCGGACGACGAGAGGUACGGCAGUCACGCGGGCUGCGCGCGCUGCGAUAUGCACUUGGAGGGUGACGACAUCUUCGACCAGCGGCGCGUGACGGGCCCGAUCGCGCUGCGCGCGGGCGAGCUCGUGUGGUUCACCGACCGCACGCCGCACGAGAGCCGUCCGCUACCGACGGGACAGCCGCGCCAGUUCUUCCGCCUGGUCACCGGUGGCGUGGAUACCUGGUACGCCGCCCACUCGACGCCCAACCCGCUCGGCACCCAGCCAGACGCCGCGGUCGUGCACUACGACAAGUUCACCGGCGAGCCCGCGGCGGCCCUCGUCGAGGCGGCGCCGACGCGGCACGCCCGCGGCGCGGCGUCGUCGUGUGCCGGCAGGCCCUCGCUGCGCCAGCUGGCGGCCGCGCUGGCUAAGGAGUGCCAGGUGUGACGUGAGGGAUGCGCGCAGCGCUCAGUUUCGGCGGGUCGAGGGGUGGAAAUUCUGGAAUGUGGAAAAAGCA